UCUGAGAGGACAUUGCCGCGUAUGAUCAGGUGGAUGUCGUAUGGAGCCCUAAAAAAAUCUACAGAUCCAUUCAGUACAACUGAUGAAAAGGUAGUGCACCCUUUCCUGAUUCCUACAAAUGCAGAAAAGAGUGAAAAAUACAUGAAGGACCUUGAGCCAUUUUCCAGUGAGAAAGCCGACAGAAAAAUUGAUAUGUUAAAAGUAGAAUUGGUUGGGGUGACAACUAUCACAACAGGUGAAGUUGGAGCUAGAGAGGUUGGUGGUGAGGACAGGAUCCCAAUAAGGAGCGAGGCUGAGAAAGGAGAUCACCAAGGGGCGGGGGUGCGGAAAGAAGCUCUCCAAGAGGUGCGGGUGACGAAAGGAACCAGUGGAGCCCUUUAAUAAAUUAUGGUGACAGAAUUGCUGGUAGUAUUUUGGUGGUCAGUAUAGUGACGGAGGUGUUGGUAGAGGAUCUUUCGGUGAUUUUCUUUCAAAUGUGAAGUGCUCUUACGAAUAUCUUACCUAUGUGGAGAAACAAAGACAAUUGAAACUGAAAUUUCUAAAAUGGAGAAGGAGUUGUUUAAACAACUUCUUGUUGUUUAUUAUAAGUAAUCAGGAGUUGCUUGAACAUCUUCUUGUUGUUUAUUAUAAGCAACCAGUGUUUGUUUAAGCAACCACUAGUUGUUUACCUA